CGGCGACGGACCACGUCGAACGCCGCUGUUCAAACAAAUUCGAACUUCGAACUAAUUCUGUUACUUUUAAACUUGUGUCAGUGUUGCAAGCUGUUUAAACUCUACAAUGAAGAUUUUCGUUUUUCUCGCUCUCGCGCUAUGCGCUUACGCAGCCGAAAUGAAGGAGACAGAAAAAGCGGCAGAGCCUGCGUUAAACAAGGACAAAAGACAGACGCAAGAGUUCACACACAUCGGCUAUAGGACAGCACGCAAACAGGAGCAAGUAGCACCGGUUGAAGAGCCCCAGGACGAUGACAAACCAUCCAGUCGCAACGACAACGAGCAGUAUCGCCCAGGACAGGUGUUCUCCCUGAACACCCAGGAACUGUUGGAGCUGCAGCCAGAGAGAAAGGCACCCCUCUCGAGCAACCAGUUGUUGCAACAGCUUUACCGUCCCCAGCAAGAACAGAAGCAAAACCUCCAGCAGAUAUAUUAUUUGGAACCCCAAACUGCUCGCCAGGUGACAUACCAGCCAUCGUCUCAUGCCGUCAUCGCACGUCCUGACUACUCCUCGAACGGUGGAGAAGCAUCGGUUGGAGCAGCUUUGUCCGUCAGUGACUCAGGAUCAACACCCAAUGAUUUAUACAAUCAAGAUCUCUUGGCCUUGAUAGGACAACCUCCCGUGAAAUCGGCCGAAGAUACCCAGCAAUUCUUCUCCCAACCCCAACAAGUCCAGCACAUUCAGCAAGUUCAACAGUCCUCUAAUGUCCAAAGCGUGGCACCUCAAUAUCAGCAGGUCGACAGAUACAUGACUAAGCCAAGUAAGAAAUCGAAGCUGAGAAACAAGGUCCAAGUGUCGCCUCCCCAGCCUUCUGCUGCCCCUCAACAAUACCUGAUCGAGACCACGAACGUACAGCAGCAACAGCAGUCUAUCCAGCAGUCGCCUUUGUAUCGUCAACCUCAACAGCCACAAAGAGUGCCCCAGGCUUUACGCUAUGUCCCACAAACUCAAGCUGCAUCCCAACAAAUAUUGUACGAACGUCCAGAAUCACAGGGCUUGAAGAUAGUCCCCGCUCCCAAACUGCAGCAAUUCCAACAACAACCCAGGACUCAGCUAAAUGGCUAUAGAUUAGUGCCUCAGUACCAACAACAGCCUGAAGCCACCCCAAAACAAUACAGAAUCUACGAAGCGCCAAGGCAAACUAUAAGGCCACAAGAACAGCGCGUGUCUAGCCAGAGCAUUGAACGACCUGUCGCAUAUUUGAAACGAUUCCCCGACGUCGAUAAAAUGCGAACUUUGAAAAUCUACGAUCCCACUGAGGGUGUACCUCAACAACCUGCUCAAAUCAUUGGAGAGCAAUAUUAUCUUCGUCCGCUGUACCGACCCAUUGAACAGCGAUCACGUUACGAUGUGUCUACUCAGAUUAAACCCGAGCAAUCAAGAGUGUCCGAAUCAGCAAAAGCACCGCAGUCGUCGAUUUACGUUAGCAAAAAUGUAGCUCCUAGAAAACCAGCGAGGCCACAGCAACUGUACAGGGAGCAGCCUUCAAGUGUCGAACAAGUAAACCUUGAGCAACACGGACAGAGUUUGGAGGAACAGAGAGCGCAGCUGCCUCCUCCUAAGAACAACAAGGCUUAUACUCCUGAAGAGUUCGCAGCCUUGGUUGCAGCAGGGUACUCUGUCACCCCUGUACCAGUUAGCGCAAGCGCGAUUAACCUCCAAGAGGCGCAGUCUAGGUCGUCAGUAGAAUCAGUGACGAUGCAUCCCAAACGUCGACCAAUACUGGCUGCCCGACGUCACCAAUAUCUGCCCCUUAGAGGAGAUGACGCGCCUUAGAAAUAAUGACCCCGCUGUAAAUAGGUUACUUUUAGUACUGUAAAAUAAAA